CUCUCUAAAACCCCGCAAAAUAACACUACUUAUUCGCAAAAUGCAAGCAGACACCUUCAGAACUCUCGCGAACAUCCGAAGUCAAACCUCUUCAUCUAUUGUAUCCACAUUGCUUGACCUUCAAGAGCACGCGACAUCUAACGAACGGCCAUUGGAUUGGAUUGAGAAAUUGGAGAUCAUUGGCCCCAGUGCUUCUGACCGAAGCCGUAAACGGCGCUGGGAUGAUGAAAUAGUAGCUAGCAAUUCUGGAAAGAAAUUGCUCUUGAGAACGCGUGUCAAUGCACGCGAUCGGAAAGAGAAUUAUAUUGCUCUAUCUUAUACCUGGCAGCCCUCCUCGAACCAGCCUAGCUCUCAUAAUGCUUAUCUGGUACAAUCGCGGGACGGGAGCUUUAAAGGUGUUAGCAAAGUCAGAGAUCAGGUGUUUGAUAGGGUCGUUGCAUAUGUCAAUUACUGCAGAGCUACAACGACCUCCGUUCGGGGCUUCUGGAUCGAUCAGGAAUGCAUUGAUCAAGUGAACGAAGCAGAAAAGCAGCGUGCCAUACAAUCUAUGGAGUAUGUGUAUACCCAGAGUGCCUUCCCAGUCGCGUUGUUGUCGGCACGGAUCGAAUCGGAGAGUCAUUUAAGAGACUUGAUAUACAUCCUCGAGAGAGAGAAUCCACCGAGGAACCAGGAAAAAGGCCGGAUCCUCAGCGUUCUCAACCUCCUAUGUUAUAUCACAUCUGAUCCGUGGUGGGAAAGAGGCUGGACAUUUCAGGAAGACUAUUGCGCGUCAACAAGAAUGUGCCUUUUAAUUCCUCACUCUUCCUCUCUGAAGGAACUUAAAGCGGAAAAAUGUGAAUUACUGGGAAAUUUGGAGGGAGAGCUUUGCAUCACAUCAGCCAACUUUCGCUCUCGAGCCACUGAGUUUUGCAUUGAUUAUCGAGAGAACUCACAAUUCAAGACCACAUGCGACAAAAUUUUAGACAGAGCUGGGAAAUACAAUGUUCAGCUUCUGGAGCCCGAUAAUGAGGGAAACCCCACGAUAAGGCAGUCCAUGUCUCCAACAAUAUUCUCAAAUGUCGGAAAGCGAGAGAUUACCAUUGAGUCGGAUCGUCUGGCAGUGAUUGCCAACUGUUUAGGCUACUCUGUCCGAUUGGAUACCCAAAAAGUGGAACAAAAAGGAUGCAGCUUGAGCAUUGCAAUGCUGGCUUUAUUCUUACUAAACGGGGAAAUCCUCAUGAAUGGCCCUGAUAACUCCCGAGACGCUCUUAGAAGCAAGAUUUCUGAUUACUUGAAGAGCCAGUCUCUUCGCACGUUUCAGACACCCGAUAUUGAUCAAAAACUUACAUUCAUCAAACAUUGUCGUUUCCCCGUCGUCCAGUUGUCUGAAGAAGGGAUUCUAACGUCUGGUCACCUCUGGCGGUUGAACAAAAUAGUUGAGGAUGCUAGGGCGACACGACCACCACAAAGAGGCCGCGAUUACUAUUUGAAUCGCUACCAAAGAAUGCGUUUGACACAGCUCGCUAGACAUUUGGAUUCAGGGGAUUGUGGAAGUUGCUAUCAACAUAUUGCAAGCGCUAUCGAUGGGUAUCUCGAUCAAGACAAAAUGUGGGGAAAUAAAAACAUCACAUUUUCCAAGUACUAUAAGGAUCUCAUGGCAGAGGAAAUUGUCAAGGCAAUGGAUGAUCAGCGCUCACUUCGGCUUCAGCUUGGCUCAAUAAUCUCUCAAGAAGACCACACAGGUUCUAAUCCGUACCGUGGAAUUUUUAUCAGAGAGGCAGGUCAUUCAUGGACAAACGAGAAAACGUAUGUUUUUACAGCAAUAUGUCCGGCCGAGAAGAGUACAGACGGCAUCGGAAAGCAUGUCUCUUUAGAGGUUGACUUAAUGAGCUCGCCAAAAAGCGGCCCCAAACGGUUGGUUAUCAAACGGUGGAUUAAUGGGUUGUUCUUUUUUGAUAGGUCCAGUCCAGUUACUGAUGUUGUGUUUCCAUGGCCCAAAUCUCUCAUGGCUCAAUAAUGGAAUGUUGUUUAGUUGGUAUUUGUGUCUUUGUCUCUCAAUAGGAAUAAAUUCGUAUACAAAUCAAUUUGGUUUAUUGGGUGUCCAGCGGGUAAAAGACAGAAUUACUAGUUGACUUAUCUGAUG